AUGCCUCCAAAACGAACAAGAGAGCACCAUGUACGCCAGGCCAAUAUCAGUACUACCGCUCCUGAUCCUCGGGCCGUCGCAGAAAGAACAAGAAAACAUCUGGACCAAUUGGAAAGAUCCAACUAUGCCGAGACGAGUAUAAUGUCCGUCACCGGCGACGACAACGAGCAAGGCAAAUAUGGCAAGAGUCGCGCUAGACAAAUUGUCUCCGAUAAAAGAAAUCUUAAGCUUCUGGGUUCUUCACCCGCCGCAACUAAGAAGAGAUCUACAAUGAACGUUCGUUCUGCUCUGCUAUAUCCUAAAAAUCUCGCCACUUUGGUUGAAGAAUCCAAUAUUGCAUCACUUCCGGCAUCUGUUCCCACAUACUUAACUGCCCAGGCUCCUGCCCCCUCCUAUCCUCCCCGGCUAAUUUGCUCCGUCUGUGGUUACUGGGGUCGUUACAAGUGCCGAAAAUGUGCAUUGCCUUACUGUGAUCAAAAUUGUGAAAGCGUUCACGCAGAAACGAGAUGCGAGAAGCGCGUCGUCUAG